UCUAUCUCAUGUAGGCUGUAGGGUCUGGCAAUGAAAGGUCUAGUGAUCUGUCUGUGUGUGUUAUUCUCUGCUAUCUCCGGCGAGCCUUCUCCCUUUUCUUGUCGAAUUGAUGAAGGACCCAACAUUGGUCAUCCGCCAACCAAUUCUCCCUCGCCGCCAUACACACCAAACACACCAUUAUUGGCUGCACAGGAUGGGAUGGUCUACUUAGUGGAAUUAAAUUCAGGAAAAAUCCUCUGGUCAUUUAACUCAGGUCCUCCAAUCUAUUCUCUUGAUAAGGGAGAUAAUCAUUUUGCCUCAUAUAUAGACUAUGAAGAGGAUGGUAAUCUUUAUAUGCAUCGCCCUAACAAUAAGAAAGAGAAAAUUCCAAAUACCCCUGAUGAAUAUUUAGGUCGCACUCCACACUUUAAAGAUGGUGGUAUAAUAGUGGGAUCGAAAAAUACAACUGUGUUCCUGAUAGACCCGAAGACUGGCAAAGUUAUUUAUAGGCUUCAUUAUACAGGAUCAGAAAAUAAUUUAAAUGCUUCGCCGAAGGAAGACUUUAAAGAAUUGAAUGAAUCUCCAGAUUCCAUUUUCUAUGUCGUGAGGAAAGACUAUAGAUUUAGAUUCUUCUUGGAUACCUUAUCGGAAAAUUCAUUUACAAAAAGCUUAUGGUGUUUAGAGUUUUCAGAUAUUGAGUCAAUAUUACAGUGUGAAAAAUUCAUUUCAGACAAGAAAAGCAUAGAAGACAGAUGCACAAGGAGUGCAGCUUCCCACAAAAUUCGUGAUAACAAUGUGCUAGAAUCACUUCUUAUGCUCAAUCAUUAG